UUCAAUACUACAAAAUGUUGUAUUCAUUCUUCAGGACAAUGGCCAUUCACGGCCACAGUGUAUAAACCGACCGGAUAGACAGCCAUGGUCACGUAGCCGAGACGAUGCGCCAUUUGCCUCAACAAAAAUUCAUCGCAAGGACAAUUCAACUAUUGAACCAAUUGUGCAAUGACUCACAGGAGGAUGAAAUUAGUAGAGAUGCGUGCUAUGGAUGUUUCUUCAGGGCAAGCAACAAACCCUCUGGUUAUCCAAUGCUCUUAUCAAUGGUUGCCUGUGCUGAUCUCUAUCUCGACGAUUCCAAUUAUGGCCAUUGUAGUGCAUACUUGAAGAAUGCAACGAGUAAUGCAGAGUCAAAAUCAACACCAGCAAUAAUAUAUUGUACAUUUUUAGAAUGCAUUCGUCAAGUCAACAAAGAUUCACUGAUAAGAUCAUGCAUAGAGGAAGCGCAAGAAAUGGUACCAGAAAAUCCUGAUGAAAGUAUUUUUCAAGCACAAUUAUUUGUCAAUACAUCAGCAUGUAUAUUAGCUAAAACAAGAUGUUCAUCAUUAAAUCCAAUAACUGGAGCAGCACAAACAAAUAAUGACGAAAUUACAAAAAAAUUAUCAAUAGCAAAUUUUAAUGCAAUAUUAAUUAAUUCAAAUUAUGAUUUGAAUAUUGUACAAUUGCCCUAUGCACAGGGUGUCGUUGAUGAAUGUGCUAAAUAUCGUAAUAUUAAACAAGCCACAUGGCCAGGUGUCAGUUGUGUUUGAUUUAUAAUUUUAUUUCUUAUUUUUUUUUUAUAAUUAAUAAGCUAUUA